AUGUUCACCUGCUUAAUUCAAUACAUUUUACUUGUUCCUUCUUACGUUAAUAUUCUUAUGAUUUAUGCUUUUUGUAAUACUCAUGAUGUUUCAUGGGGUACAAAAGGAGAUAAUACUAAUACUGGAAAUCUGAAUGGUGCACUGGUAAUUGAGGAAGAUGAUAAAGCAACCAUUAAGAUUAAUGUCAUUGAGAAAGAAGAUAUAAAUGUUGCAUACAAUAAUAUUAUCAAAGAGUUAAAAAAUAAAGAGCAUGAGGAAAAACAACAUCGCAAUGCCUUUACAAAGAAAGAUGAUUAUUAUAAAUUGUUUAGAACUAAUUUAGUUCUUUCAUAG